AUGAGUCAACACUCAGAUUUGAAAGAAAUUCACAUAUUAAACCUACCGGAUGAAAUAUUUCUUCACAUCUUCAGUUAUGUCAACAUUUCAUCACGUAAAAACGUUUUUCAAGUGUGCAGAAGAUUUUAUGAAUUAAUAUUAAUUUUGCUGGAAUCGGAGUUGAGAAGAAUAUUAGAUUGCGUUCCUAACGUGGAAAAUCUGACACUGGAGGACAUUAAAGUGAUCAACCCGGAUGAAAAUAUUUCUGAGCUCAACUUAUACAAACUUAAGAAGUUAACGAUAAUGAAUGGCUCCAUCUGCUUGAAUAUCCUCAACAGAUUACCAAAAGAUACAAUAAGAGAAGCAAUUAUUUCAAUUCGUGAUAUCGGAAGAGCGUCGUNACGGAGAUUAAUUUUGCUGGAAUCGGAGUUGAGAAGAAUAUUAGAUUGCGUUCCUAACGUGGAAAAUCUGACACUGGAGGACAUUGAAGUGAAUAUCGGACCGAUUAAAAGUAUUUCUGAGCUUAACUUAUACAAACUGAAAAAGUUGACGAUAAUGAAUGGCUCCAUCUGCUUGAAUAUCCUCAACAGAUUACCAAAAGAUACAAUAAGAGAAGCAAUUAUUUCAAUUCGUGAUGUUGACAAAGGUUUGCAACAGUUCUUCAAUCAACAAGCUAACAUUAAGAUGCUUGAAAUAUCUUAUGAUAAACUUAAUUUCGAUCAUCUCAAACUUGAACAUUUAAAGAUCAACAAGGAAUAUAACGAUUCGGAAUUAAUCAAUUCGAAAUUUAUAAAUCUUCCUUUGAUUUUGCGGCAGCAGCCGAGACUUCGUUACAUCGAUUUUCAAUAUAAUUUAAUUGAUGAUGAAAUUUUUACGGCAAUCUGUGAAUUGAAAAAUCUCGAAGUAGCAAAAAUGUGCGUCGAUCUUAUUAUGCCUUGUCAUGUCUUUGAAUCUCUUAAAUACCUCACACAUUUAAAGGAACUUCAGCUAAAGUCUGAUAAAAUUCAUGAGUGUAAUCAUCUCCACGAGUUGAGCAGAAUGCAUUUAAUGAUUGAAAAGUUAACACUUUUAUACAAGCCCGAAAAAAUUUCACCAGAAUUCUUCAUUCAAUUGAGCCAAAACUUCCGGAAUCUCAAGCAAAUUAGAAUUUUCAAUCGCUCGAUCAGUACCAUUAACACAAUUUUAGAAAACUUUCCCAAUCUUGAGUCGAUUGUUUUCAAUUGCCACUACUGGUCAGAAGAAGAUAGUUUGGUAAUCAAUGAAAAUCUAAGACAUGAGAAGCUUAAGGAAAUCAUUGUGACCGAUAUUUAUGACGAUUCAGCCAAUACCACAAGAUCGCUUCUCACACUUCUCAAUGUUUGUCCGAAUCUCGAGCGAAUAAUGUUAUCAAAGUUGGUUGAAGUUUAUCAUGAAGAUCUGCAACAAAUUGUCAAUGGCCAUCCUAAAUUAACUCAUUUGAAUUUUGAAUUCGAUACUUUUAUCUUUCAGGAUGAAACAAUUGAUCUUAUCCGCACAGUAGCAAGCAGACUACAAUUUAUUGAAUUAAAAGGACUCGAUAGAUUGACUUACUUCCAAACUGAAUCAUCUCUAAAAGACCUGUUUGAGGAUGAGUUUAACAAUAUACGCUAUAGAGCAUUCGAAGAUUACCAGUACAAAGAUGAAGGCAAUACUUUUAUUCACAAGGGCGAAAUCAUCAUGAAGAAACGAAAUGUUUCCGAUUGGUGUCGGGAUGUUAAUAAAUUUGAUUAUAUUCCCUAUCCAGACCGAAUUGAACCUGCCANCGAAUUCCCCCUGCCAUAUCACUUUUUUCAUAACAAAUCGUUGAAUACGAAUUCAUAA